AUUGGAUUCACUGGGUUAAUACUAAUACGAAACGUUGCGGACCUCGUAAUUGCGGACUCAUGAGCUUAUCUUGGUACGAACAGGGCAACUCCGUCUAGCGAAGAUGAAUGUACAUGAGCUAAGCCACCCCGGCCCCCAGUCGCAAGGCUUAUUUGCGCACACCGUCAAACCUCACUCCCUCAUCCACAACUGUGCCCAUGGUAUCAUCUAAAAUCCCAUUGAAUAUUCGCGCGUGAAUCGCAGGCGAAAAUUAGUAUCUAGCGACAAACUCCCCGUCCAUACCAUCAAGCAGAGCUUCCAACAUGGCAGACGCACACAAAAUUAUACUCGCUGCCUGCUCCAGUGGCGACAUUUACACCCUAAAGACACUGUUCCAAGAAUUUCAUAUCGGCCCGGAUCACCCACAGAGUGUCUAUAGUCUCAAUCAGAAUCUCCCAGAAGAAGAACAACUACCUGUUGGUGAGCGUAUGUUCGACCAUGCCAUCAGAGGUGAACAACCUGGAGUCAUAGCCUUUCUCUCCGAUCAUUUUUCGCAUUACAGUCUCGGUGGGUAUUCUAUGCAAGCGGCGAUCGAUACAUGCAACACCACAGUGCUAAGAGCGGUCUGCAAAUGCGAUCCAGCCUCUACCAGCGCCGAACUCGGCGAUGACUCUACUAUCAACGCACUUGGGUACGCGGCAUCCAAAAAGAACGGCGCGGAGCUGGUAAAAGUGUUACUGGACGGUGGCGCAGACCCGAAUACAACUCCACCAUUCAAGAUGCCUGCGAGUUGGAACCUCUCUGCUGCGAUUCUUGCAGAUCUACCAGUAUCAACAUUUGAGCAAUUCUUCGAUGCUGGAUAUCAAGGCAAUGAUCCCUGGGCUGUGAAAUUUGCGGUGGAGAAGAAGCGCGCGGAUAUCCUUGAGGUUUUGUUCGCAAGGGGCAAGGAGUUCGCGGAUGCGCAGUUCCCGGCAGAGAAAGAGAUGAUUGCAAUUGCCAACAAGGAUAACGAUGUGACCAUGGUUGCAGCUAUCAAGCGUGGUUAUACGGUGCUCUCUAAGAGAAGACCGGAACGAAAAUCUGGACUGAUCGCAUCUUUCAUGGGUAAAGUGCGUUCGCGGUCACGGAGUUGAAGACUCAAUAUGGCAAUCAUAAGGAACAGCGUACAAGAUAGCAUUGAUGAAGGAGGAAGAAACACCUUUUGUAUUGCCUAGAAAUCAGAAAAGAAGACCGAGAAGCCGUAAAGUCUUGCAGCUAUGGCACGGUUCCUCACAGUCGCGCCAAUCUUCAAUCUGGACAUUCGAUGCCUACCAGUGCUGUCUACAUCCGCUGACACAACACUUGUUC